GUUCUCAAAAAAAAAAAAAAAAAAAAAAAAAAACCCUCGUCGUCUCCGCCUUGCUCUAUCCAUCCGUCGGCGAUGCAGGCCGCCGUCGCCUUGAGCCAGAGCCAGGCGUCCCUUCUCAUCCGGCGGCUCCCAAGGCCUUACCACGGCGGCGGGCCGGAGCCGGAUGAUGGCGUGCUGCUGCUAGGACGACGAGGCGUGUCGCUCCCGCGGCUGCGGCGCGCCUGUUGCUCCGCGAGCCUAUCCGUCGGUACCGGCGCCGGCUCCGGCGCCGGCAGUGAGCAUGUUCCCGUAUUCCCAAGACAAAAAACAUGGGAUCCUUACAUGCUUCUUGGUGUUGAUCGUGAUGCAUCUGAAGAAGAGAUCAAUAGUGCAAGAAACUUCCUUCUUCAACAAUACGCUGGGUAUGAAGAAAGCGAAGAGGCAAUUGAAGGUGCUUAUGAUAAGAUAAUGAUGAAAAGCUACUCACACCGUAAGAAAUCGAAAAUCAACCUGAAAAGCAAAUUAAAGAAGCAAGUGGAAGAAUCUCCAUCAUGGGUUAAGUCACUGCUUGGACACUUCGAGGUGCCAUCGAUGGAUGUCGUGUCAAAAAGGUUUGCUCUCUUUGGCUUUAUUGCUGGGUGGAGCAUCGCAACUUCUGCUGAGACUGGACCUACCUUCCAGCUUGCAUUGGCACUCGUCUCAUGCAUAUACUUCCUCAACGACAAGAUGAAAAACCUUGCCAGGGCGUCUGCUACAGGGCUUGGGCUCUUUGCGGGUGGCUGGAUAGUAGGUUCGCUGGUAGUCCCAGUGAUCCCGGCAUUUAUUUUCCCGCAUACUUGGUGUCUGGAGCUCCUUACUUCGCUGGUCGCUUAUGUAUUUUUAUUCUUGGGUUGCUCUCUCGUCAAGUGAAAUCUCUGAAGCUUGAAACCGUUGUUGUUUCUGCAAGAUUUUCUCUUACUGACGUCUCAAGUGCGUCAAUUCACCCUUUUGACCUGUGCUGUGAGUAUAGAUAGAUGCCCUUUGGACAAAUCGAAACUCGGCCCUCUAUUGUUCCGAUCCCAUGAGCCGUUGUUAUCUCUAGUCUAAGCUCAUACAGUAGUAUUGAUCAGUAUUGUAUUGUAGGCAGAGCAAGCCAGUUUCUGCAAGCUGAUGCUGCUACCUCUAGAGUGCUUGGGCAUGCUUUUGGACCUAUAUAUACAUGACUCGUACAGUUUCAGAUGUGCAAUCAAUUUAUCAUGCUUUUUUUUUAUCA